AGGGGCGGGGCUGUGUGGCGGCCAUGGCGGCGUGCGGCGCGGAGGAGCGGCAGCGGACGGGACGGCUCUCGGCGCUUUCGGUGUACCGCCGUGCGGCGGGGCCCGGGCGGCUGGAGCGACGCCGCCGCGGGACGCCGCUGCCCGCGGGCGGUAAGCGGACCAAAGCGCGGCUGAGGCGCGGCGCGGCGGGAGGAGGCGGCCCGGAACGGGCUGCGCCGCCGCAGGGCGCCGCUGUCUCCGACCGCGUGGAGAGGGCCGGGAGCUCCGAAGCCAAGCAGGGAGACCUUAAGACGAACCCGAGCGGCCCGCCGGCCAAGGCUCCGGCCGGAAACCUCGAAACCAAGUCGCCUGGAGGCCCUUUGACAACCUCGGUCGGCCCGCGGGCCAAGGCUCCUGCCGGAAGCCCCGAAGCGAAGCCACCCGGAGACCCCGCAACGAGCCCAGGCGGCGGAGGCGUGCCGGGGCUGCUGCGGCGGCUGGGGCGGCUGGAGGACAGCCGGCGGCGCGCGGCAGAGCUGUUCCGGUGGCUGGUGGCGCCGGCCGCUCCGGAGGAGUUCGCGAGGCAGCACUGGGAGCGGGCGCCACUGCUCGUGCAACGGGGUGACCCCGGCUACUACGCGGGGCUGUUCUCCACGGCUGACUUUGACGCCAUUCUGCGCAGCGGUGACGUGCACUUCGGGACCCACCUGGACGUGACCAGCUAUGCUGAGGGGGUGCGAGAGACGCACAACCCCGUGGGCCGGGCGCUGCCUGCCGUCGUCUGGGACUUCUACCAGAACGGGUGCUCCCUGCGGCUCCUCAGCCCCCAGGCCUUCUCCACCACUGUCUGGCACUUCCUCUCCAUCCUGCAGGAGCACUUCGGGAGCAUGGCCGGGGCCAACACCUACCUCACGCCGCCAGGCACGCAGGGCUUCGCCCCUCACUACGACGACAUCGAGGCCUUCGUCCUGCAGCUGGAGGGCAAGAAGCACUGGCACGUUUACGGCCCCCGGACGAGCUCCGAGGCACUGCCCCAGUUCUCCAGCGCAAACCUCACGCAGGCGGAGCUCGGUGAGCCCCUGCUGGAAGUGGUGCUGGAGGCUGGAGACCUGCUAUACUUUCCCCGGGGCUUUAUCCACCAGGCCGACUGUCUGCCAGAUGCGCACUCGCUCCACAUUACGGUGUCCUCCUACCAGAGGAACUCCUGGGGAGACUUCUUGGAGAAGCUCCUCCCGGCUGCCCUGCAGAUGGCUCUGGAGGAGGACCUUGAGUACCGGCAAGGGCUUCCCAUGGACUGCCUGGGAUACAUGGGGGUUGCCAACUCAGAUGCAGUCGAUGCUCGCCGAACGGCAUUUGUGGAGAAGGUGCAGCACUUGAUAAAGAAACUUGUUGACUACGCACCCAUUGACGCUGCCAUGGAUCAGAGGGCUAAGUCGUUUCUUCACGACUGUCUCCCCCCAGUGCUUACACAAAGUGAGAAACAGCUGAGCGUGUAUGGCUUUCCAGCCCGGUGGCAAGAUGGAGGGCCCCGCAAUGUCGAUAUACAAAUAACAAAAGACACAGAAGUACGUCUUCUCCAUCAUGGCGUUGUUAGAUUGUGCAAUGAAGAAGCAGGCGUGAUGCUAUAUUACACAACAGAAAACUCAAGAGUGUAUCAUAAGGAAGAGCCCAAGUACCUUGAGAUAGAUCCCGAGUAUACAGACAGUAUUGAAUUUCUCCUGUCCUCCUAUCCGAACCACGUCAGUGUGGAUACCCUGCCAUGCGAUGCCUUGGAGGACAAGAUUUCUCUAGCCACACUCCUGUUUGAGAAGGGCAUUCUGACUACUAAGAAGCCACUGGUGCAAGUGUAACUCUUAUUUUUGAACAAAAUAAAAAUACAUUUGUUUAGAAAAAAAAA